AUGAGCUUCCCACAUGGUUUCAUGUGCACGCAGCGGAUCCAAGAUGUGGAAGGUGGACUUAUGUGGAACUGCUCGCAUUUGGACAAGCUCGUCAGAUCCUUGACUCGGGCAGAUGCCAUGCAGGGCUCCGAUGGUGAGCCAUCAGUGGUUCGGACCUUCCAGGGAGCGUCAGACCUUCGACUGACGGCCGCAACCCUGCUGCGCGGCCGGGACCAGGUGGCCGCCGGUACUCAGGAUGGCAGCCUCCUCCUCUGGAGCCUGGCCCCUGGGAGACCAAGGCCCCAAAGACUGACGGGGCAGUCCGGUUCCAUCACCUGCGUCAAGGCCACCAAUUCGGGGAGGACGCUUGUCUCUGCCUCGACGGACUCCACGGUGGCCAUUUGGAAGAUGCCGGUCGAGAAAAAGCAAGGUGGCCCUGCUAUGCUGAAGCUGCACUUUAGCCCCGUGCGCUGCUGCGACAUCUCCACCGACGACCGCCUCCUGCUCACGGCUUCCGACGACAAAUCCGUCAAGCUCACUUGGCUGGCCGAGCGCCGCUUUGCCGCGGCCUUUGCAGGACACUCUAACUGGGUGCGCUCUGCAUCCCUGUCCUCCACCUCGACCCACAUGGUAUCAGGCGGCGACGAUAAGGCUGUUAAGCUUUGGGAUGUGGAGCGCAAGUGCUGCCUGCAGACAUUCAGCGACAGCGCCUCGAGCAUUACGUGCACCCGCUUCGGAUUGGGCGACCAUGUGGUCGUUGCAAGCUCCUGGGAUUCCAGCAUCAAUCUCUGGGACGUCCGCUCCUACGGGAUCCGGCAACAUUAUGGGAGGGCGCACGGGGGAAGUCCCAUUACCCAAGUGGCUGUCCAUCCACACAGUGAUCUGAUUCUGUCGUCUUCAUCGGACAGGCAGCUUCGAGUUUGGGACUUGCGAGCGGGAAGGCUUUGCUCCACCAUACUGGGGCACGACCGGCCCGUGCAUUCUUGCUGCUGGGAUGAGGCAGGGGACCACUUUGCCAGCUGCGACAGCGAGAUCGUCCUCUAUUGGUCCUGCCCGCCCCUGGCGGCUCCAACCCCGCCGGCCCUGCCGGAGCCGAGCCCAGCAACGGCCGAGAGCUUCCCGAGCCCAGCGGACGCCGUGCCGGGUGCGGGGCCAGAAGCCACAUUGAGCCCCAAAGCAGCGGACCUCCUCCUCGAGGCCGCCUGGGCUGGGCAGCCAGAGGUGCCGAACCCCCGAAGGCCCACGAAGGAGGAGGAGCGUCAGCGGGAGGCUUUGCCCGAGACGGUGGCCCGACUCGUGGAGAAGAUGGUCACCGACAUGGACACACUGACUGCUUCGCUUGCAGCACUGGAAGCCCGACUGGCACGUACAGAGGCCAUAACCGCGGAGGUGGCGCAGCUGCUACAGGCCCGGGCCAUCCCCAAGGUCCCGAGGGCGCGCGGUGAGCCUGUAGCGUCGAUGGGUGCGCAUAGUGGUGCAUACCAAAGCUACGCUGCACAUGACCAGCUGGAGAUCCACAUGCUGCUUCUAGUGCCGCCGCCUCGUGUGGAGAUGUUGGCGCGAAGUCAUGCGGAUCCCGAGCUACCAAACCUGGCAGACACGGACUUUUAUCGCUGCACCUUGGGGCAGCAAUGGCCACCCUGGCUGCCCUUCUCUACUUUGUGCGGCUUGGCACAUGAGGUGGGAGAGGGCACCUUGCCACUCAACACGAGUGACGGCUCCUUGGUCAAAUGGAAUGCGGGGAGCCAAGUUCUGCUCGCCCAGGAGAUGUACUACCUCUUCGCGUGCGUCUCUGUCAUGACAGUGCCACUUAGCCAGUUGGCAUUUUCUGCUUUACCUUUCCAGGGCUCGGGGUACGUUAGCCUUAAAUCAGAUGGGGAGGGUCGUGCUGCAGUGGCCUACGACCUGAAUCGGCUGUUGGUUGUUAUGGUUGCCAUGCGCAUCUAUGCCUCUGUGGUGUCCCUUCGACCCUUGAGUCCGUUCUACACUCAUGGCGACCUCCGCCCCUUCGCUCAGCAGAACGCGCCAAAAGACGACACCAGUCUCAUGGCGCACCGCAUCGUCACAGAGCUCGAAGGACACCUGCACCACAUCAUCGUUCGCCGUGAUACUGGUUUGCUGAGUCCAACUGUCUUCCCGCUCCUGGUGUUUCCGCUGCUGUUCGUGCAGCAGGAGACGCUCAUGUACUUUGGCGUGGCGCAGGUGGUGUACUAUCCCGCGAAGGUCGCUGCGCCUCUGGCGACCCUGCUCUGGGGAAUGCUGGAGAUACCGCGGAUCUGCCGCAGGAUUGCCACGAUGACGAAGGUCCGUGCGCUGCUGUCGAAUCUGAUCGAGUACGGGGACGAAGCGCUCGUCCGUGAGGUGUACAGCAGGAUCAACAUGGCCAACAUGCUCCAGGCUGCUGACUACGAGGUCCACGAGAUACUGGUAGAGAAAGCCUUAGCUCAAGGCUUGCUGGACCCGUUUGCCAAAGCCGUCCUCAUCAAUGGCCUGCAGAAGUUUGGCAUCUCCCGAAGGCGAUUGGACUACGUGCUUGAUCUGAUCCAGAGCUGCAAGUCUACGGAACUAACAGAGCUGAAGAGCUUUCUGGACAGCACUGGAGACUACAACAGCUUGUACAAGCUUGUGUACGUCGACAUCAGAGAUAGUCACGUGAGAGACCAGGUGCUCAGCCAUAUUCACACCGAGUCCUGCAUCGCUAGGAGGCAGCUUGGCAGAGAGGUGGGCAUCAAGGUUCUCAGUGACAUUGAUGACACCCUCCUCUGCAGCGGCGGCAAAUUCCCUGCAGGUUGCGACGAUCGGCUCCCAAAGCACAUGGUCUACCCUGGCUGCGGAGAUCUCUUCAAAGCACUGGACAGGAGUUGGUCCCCUGAUGCGGCCUGCUGCAACUUGGUGUUCUUGUCGGCAAGACCUCACGUUUACAAGGACCUGGCUGAGAACAAGAGCUUCAUCAAGUUCAAGGAGUUGUUUGCCACAGGGAAGCUGCACUGCGUACCUUCCCUCUUGCCUGGCUCUCUGGCUCUGGGCAUGGUGGCCGUGAUCAAGGCCUUCUUCAUCCAAGCUCACGGCUGGCGAGAUGUGGGCGAGCGGAAGGCGGAGAGCUACUGGAAGUUCAAGGCUCUCUAUGAGGAGUACGACUUCAUUAUCUUCGGUGACAACGGGCAGGGCGACCUCUUGGCGGGCCAGCUUAUCCGACAGAAGGAGUUCCAGGUCGCACCAGGGACGGGCUCAUAA